AUGUCGGCCACAAAAGCCUCCAGAAUAGGAGAAGAGACGAGAAUCGAUAAAGUCAAUGCGGAGCUGGUCACAUUAACCUACGGCACCAUUGUUGCGCAGCUAUGCCAGGACUACGACAACGACUACCAAGAAGUCAACAAGCAAUUGGAGAAGAUGGGCUACAACAUCGGCAUGCGACUGAUUGAAGACUUCCUGGCCAAGUCGGGGGUGGGUCGAUGCGCCAACUUCCGCGAGACGGCUGAUAUGAUUGCGAAGGUGGGCUUCAAGAUCUUCUUGAAUGUGGCACCAACCGUCACGAAUUGGGCCAGCGACAACAACCAAUUCUCGCUGAUCUUCGAGGAUAACCCGCUGGCGGACUUUGUGGAGCUUCCGGACGAUGGUCGCGCUCAGGACGAGCUGUGGUUCUCGAAUAUCCUGUGCGGUGUGCUCCGUGGGGCGCUAGAGAUGGUAAACUUUGCUUCCCCUUUCCCGGUUCAAAUGCAGAUCGAAGCGCACUUUGUGAGCGAUGUGCUCCGGGGGGAUGACACGACAGAGAUGCGGGUGUCGCUGGUACGAUACAUUGAGGACGAGAUGCCGCCGGAGGAGGAGUGA